GAAUAACCGUUGCAGAAUGAAUCCGUAGAUGAAUGUGACGCCGUUUUUGAUCAAACAGCUCUGCUUAUGUGGCUGUGUGUGCACCCGUGAAGAGCUCGUGUUGUGCGCGUGGAAAAUUGCAUGCCAGGUUUUGGUUAUCAGUUAUGCGGGAGGAUAUCGUAUCUAACACAAGCAGUAUGACGACUAUCAAAGCUUAUCUGUCGGAGGGGUCCAACCCGGAAACCAGGCGAUUCGUGGUCACCUUUCCACGUUUGAACCCAUUCGGGGCACUGGAGCAGAAAAUACGACAAGUUUUUCCUUCCCUUUCGGACGCACACUUUAAGUUGUCGUGGAAAGAUAACGAUGGUGACACAAUUGUCAUGUCGAGCGACCCUGAGUUGUCUGAGGCCCUGGCAAACAUGCAGAACAACAUCCUUAAAGUGCAUAUAAUGUUGACAUCACCAGAGAAGCAGGAGCAGCCACAGACCAACAGUAACCCUAGACACGUUCAUCCUGGCAUCACAUGUGACAUGUGUGAGUCUGAGGUCCGUGGGGCGCGGUACAAAUGCUUGCAGUGUGAAGAUUACGAUAUGUGCGAGACGUGCUACGGAAAGAAAACCCACGAGCAACACGACAUGCUCAAGCUGGUGAACCCAAGCAGCAGACCCAUCUGGGCGUUCCCAGGCUCGCGACGCCUUUGGAAGCACUGUGUCCGCAACCAGGGAGGCAAGAACCACCACCAUGGUUGGGGUCACCGCAAGUGCCCAGCCAGAGGCCCCGAAGGGACGAGUGCGGAGAAUGCCGGACAUCCCCCUCAAACAGGUGGAAACUGUAAUGCGCCUCCAGCGGACGGUUUCACAGCAGCAAGGGCUCAGUACCACGAGCUUCUCAAUGGUAUAGGGGACACGAUCGCUAACCUCCUAGAUCCACUCGGUAUCAACGUAGCAUACCACGUGGACACAGCAACUCGAACCCAAACGGCUGCGGAAGCGAAGACCCAAACUGAAGAGACAUGCCCAGCUUCUACGGAUAAGAAGGAUGUUGCUGGUGGUGCUAGUACCCAGACAGAAGCUACAUGUCCACAUUCUUCAGAAAAGAGGGGCCCUGCCACUGAGCCCAUGGACACCACUUCGUCUCCUGCAGCUGUUCCUGCAGCUGGCAUACCAGAAGCAAGUGCAGUGCCAAUGGCAUCAGCACCCAAGGGAACUCCCACGACACACUUGUACCCGGAGAUGGAGGAUCAUAUCGAUACAUGUGGAUGGACUGUCCUGAACCAAGAGGAAAGAUCAGACAAAGCUUCUGCAUCACCUGCUAGUCUGGAGAAUGCUGCAGGUCCAAGAACAAGAAUUGAUGAAGCACUUUCCCAGAUGAUGAGCAUGGGUUUCACAAAUGAAGGUGGCUGGCUCGGAAAACUUCUAGCGGUCAAGCAAGGCGACAUUGAAGCUGUCCUUGAGUCUCUCAACCCAUCAAGGCAUUAAGAGCUUUCGCUGAACUGAAAAUUAUAUCUCGUUUGAUUUCAUUUCAUAUAGCUCCAGUCAAAGCAAGAUUAAUGUGCACAUAAUAAUUUUGCCACUAUAUUUGGCGCACCGCAUUCUGCAUUACGAAAUGCUGGGAGUAUUUCCUCAGAUAUACAUUGGGGUAGUUUUUAUGAAGCAGUGCAUUCCAUGGAAUGAUAUGCAGCUUGCUUGGGUUUCUGUUAGUGCACUAUAUGCUCACUCUAUAUGUGUUCUAUGAUACGUUUUCUAUGUCUCUGCAGGUAGCAAAGUUAUCAUGAUAUAUGAAUAUGUAUUGCAACACUGGCACGUGUACCCACCAAAUAAAGUUCAUUAGGUCUGUA